UUGCCCGCCGCCGACAGGGGCCGCUGUGGCUCCUGCCCUCACUCGCGCCCAAGAUGGCAGCCGCGUUGCUGGUCCGGGGCGCGGCUGCGGGGCGCCGAAGCCCGGCCUGGCUCUGGCGGCCGAGCUGGAUCCCGAGGCGCUGCUUGGCCCUUGGCUCCGGCGUCCGCGGCAACCCGGAGGACAGCGUGGCCUGGACCUGCUUCCGGCUAGAUGAGCGCGCCUUACUGCGCGUGCGCGGCCCGGACACUGCACCCUUCCUGUUGGGACUCUUGACCAAUGAGCUGCCGUUUUCGGGUCCUCCAGCCGGCGCGGCUCAGCCCUCUGUGCGUGCGGCGUAUGCCCACUUCCUGAAUGUGCAGGGACGCACGAUGUAUGACGUCAUCCUGUAUGGACUCCCCGAGAGCACCGAGGAGGCACCAGGCUAUCUCCUAGAGUGUGACAGCUCUGUGCUGGGCACCUUACAGAAGUACCUGGCCAUAUAUAAGAUCCGGCGGAAGGUCGCCGUGGAGCCAUGUCCAGAGCUCCAUGUGUGGGCUGUGCUACCCUGUGCCCCUCAGGUCCCUGAGGCUGCACCACUAGAAGAGAGGGUGGAAGCCACCACCAUCCUCACCCGUGACCCCCGGACUGUACGUAUGGGGUGGCGGCUUCUCACUCAGGAUGAUGGCCCAGCCUUGGUGCCCAGGGGACAGCUUGGGGACCUCCAAGAUUAUCAUACGCACCGGUACCAGCAAGGCAUCCCCGAGGGGGUCCGUGACCUGCCCCCAGGGACAGCCCUACCCCUGGAGUCCAACCUGGCCUUCAUGAACGGUGUGAGCUUCACCAAGGGCUGCUACAUCGGGCAGGAGCUGACGGCCCGCACCCACCACACAGGCGUCAUCCGUAAGCGUCUCUUCCCUGUGAGGCUUGAAGGCCCCCUGCCUGCCGAUGGCAUCAGUCCCGGCACGUCAGUGACGGUGACUGCGACAGGACAGGCAGCGGGCAAGUUCAGGGCCGGCCAGGGGCGCGUGGGACUGGCUUUGCUGCGGUCAGAGACCAUCAAGGGUCCUCUCCACAUAAAGACCUCCGAGAGCCAACAGGUGGCUGUGACUGCCUCGGUGCCGGACUGGUGGCCCACGGCUGCCAAGUAGCCGGAUGCUCUGGAGUUUCACUGGCCUUAGAGUUACCAGGUGCCUCUGAGCCGCUGCCCAAGGUCUUCAAUGCUGUGUGCUGUGCCCCGUUGGGUAUGAGUUCCUUCUCCUGUGGUGGCUUCCUGGACACACCCACUGGGAAAGUUCCAUGUGUUCCAGGCUACGGAUUGCCCUCUGCUUCCUGCAGCGGGUCCUACUCUUGUGGGCGCUCCUCUCCCAAGUGUGUGACUGAGAACAGAAUCACCAUCCUGAUGCUGGGAGAGGGAAGGGUCUGGGCUCCCUUUUGGACCAGACUCUGAAUGGGAUUUGAUACAGUGCAUGGGCCAAGGCAGGAGUGAAGCCUCUGUCCAGUGUCAGCUCCCCAACCUUGUUUCUCUUGGAGGAGGUACUCUGUGUCUGCAAAAUUACUGGGCCAGGAAUGCAGGCUUUGUGUUCUCUUGAAACACAUCUCAGGGCAGGAAUUGUUUGGGUUGUGUGCACGGUGGGGAGGUUGAUUCCCUUGGACUGGGACAUGUGUUCUGUGAGCCACAGGGACUGCAUGUCCACUGUCCCAAGGGCUCUUCUCACUCCUCAAAGUGAGCUGCUGUCUUUUCACACUCCCCAGGAAGCUCAGGAGGCAUGGAGCCCAGGGCUCAGGUCCAUCUGGGAGGAGCUUCAACCUUUUUGCUGGUUUGGGUUGUCACUUUUAUGUAUGCUUUUGGUGGGGAGUGACUUGCUGGUGGGGUGCAUGCUCCCCAGAACCACUUUUUCUAAUCUUUGUAAUGUGAACUGGGGUCUUGCCACAAAGCCUAAGGACCAGUAAAGUGUGAUCUGUAAACAGCCCCUUGGGAACUCUGGUUUCAUUUGGAGCAGGUCUGGUAGAACAGACCCAUGGGACGGCUGACCCUGGGGAUCAUGAGCAUACCAGAUAAAAGUGUCCCACUAUUGUAGCUAUCUAGUUCUGGUUGGUCUUAAACUUGAGAUUCUCCUGCCUUGGCUUCAUGAGUGCUAGCUAGAUUGACAGGCAUGCACUGCUAUGUUUUACAAGAUACACCUGUUUCUCUCUCUUUCAAAAGAUGUAUUUUGUUUUUAUGUCUAUAUGUGUGUGUCUACGUAUGCAUAGGGAUGUGUCUGGGUGCCUAUGAAGGACAAAAGUGGGUGUCAGAUACACUGGAGUUAGAGUAACAAGAGGUUCUGAGCUGCUGGACAUGCAUGAUGGGAACUGAAUUUGGAUCCCUGCAAGAGCAACAAGUGUUCUUAACCGCUGAGCCAUCGUUCCAGACCCAGUACAUUUAUUUCAGCAGAGGUCUAUGGGCCAUGCCGGGCUGGCAGGAAGUGGGGCGGCCUCUGAGUCUGGCACAGGGAGUGGGUGCCCAGGCUUCAGGGUUAGGGUGGAUAGCUCUGAACUGUUUUCUGCAGUGCCCUCCAGAUGAGACCACAGAGGGCUGGGGAGAGAGUAGCUGGGGUAGUUCUUCUGGAGCCAGGGACCAUGGGGACUUCUAAGAACUGGGACUGUGGAGGCUACCUAGGCUAGGGUUCUAGGCGCACUCUGAACUCAAGUGCAGUUUUCAGCAGCUUGGUGUCCCCCGAGUAGACUGGUGAGUUGGGGGUGGCCUCCCUCUUAGGCAGGAUGUGAUGGGGGCACCCCGAAUGACCUCACUCCUCAUGGUACUGAAUGGGUGGUCAGUGUUGGGGACAGGGACCUGGCAGAGACAACUUGAAGGAUGGAUUACUUUGGCUCACGAGUUUAGGGGGUUGCAGUUCAUAAUGGAGUUCAUGGCAGUGGGGGUGUGGCAGAGUCCCUCAUGGUAGGGGCACCAGGAAGC